AUGCCCAAGAAAGGUGGAAAAAACAAGGCCAAGUCCAAGGCCAAGGCUGCCGCAGCGGCUGCCCCCAAGAACGUCGCCACUGAUGUCAAAGAGACCUUAACCCCCGGUCACCAGGUCGAAGAGAAUGUCGCAAAGGCCGAAGGCGAAGUUGAGAAGACAACCGAGGCCAAGGACGCGCCUGCUUCCGCGACGGCUGAUUCAACCGCCACCAUUGCUCCCGAUACCACUUCGAAGAUUCCUACGGCCGCGCCUGAGUCCGCGGGGGCUGAACCGGUGAAGGAGGCUGAAAAGACCGUGUCGGAACCCGCGCCGGAGCCCAUUGCGGAGCCCAUUGCAGAGCCCAUUGCAGAGCCCAUUGCAGAGCCCAUUGCAGAGCCCGAGCCGGAGAUCGCAGAGGUUGUCAAGAAAGACAGUGUGCAGGAGGCUGUUGAAAAGGUGCAGGCUUCCAAGGAGGGUCAUAUUGCGACUCUCGAUGGUGGGGAACAGGAGGGUGCAGUUGUCCUGCCUGAAGCGACUGCCAAGGAGUCGACAUUGAUCUCUGCCCCUGAGACCGUUACCAAACCCACCGAGACAAUAGAGACACCAUCCGCCCCGGUGGCCGAGGAGACAGCUCCAGUUACAACGCUUCCUGAACGCCCUAGAGAAACCACCCAGCCACCCGCUGAUAAUGCCGAGGCGAUCCACACCAAGCGCCCCUACGAGACCCCUUUAUUCUUCAAGGAGGAGCAGAAACCUCCCAAAAUGCCCAAAGUGGAGGGUGAACCGGCUGAUGCUGAGCCUGAGGCUGAGCCUGCUGGCCAGGUCGUUUCAGGCCUCAAUUCGGACGAGACCAAGGACUUGCACAAGGAGUCUAAGGAUAUUGCUACAGGUGGCAAGGAAGUGGCCGAUGUGAACGCUACCAAGGAGGCUCCAGCUGCGGCCGUGGCCGCGGCCCCCGCUGUCGUUGCCCCUGCUGCUGCGCCGGUCGAUGCUGAACCCGCUGCAGCAGUUGCUACAGAGACCAGGGCUGCUGAAGCCCCUGCGACGGAAGCAGUUCCCCCUCAGCCUGAAAAGGUGGCGGAACCAGAGAUUGCUGCUGCGCCGGUCGACUCUGAGCCCGCUGCUGCGGCUGCUACAGAGACCAGGGUUGCUGAAGCCCCUGCGACGGAAGCAGUUCCCGCUCAACCUGAAAAGGUGGCAGAGCCAGAGAUUGCUGCUCCUGCUGCUGUCGCUCCCGCUACCACUGCUCCGGCUGCUGAGCCUGCUGCGGCCCCUGUCACCGCCGCUCCUGAGGUCGCUAAGGAGAAGGCCGCUGAGGCGCCUAAGGAGGUUGUGCCGGAGACCAAGCCGGAAACCAAGCCGGAGCCUAAACCCGAAGCUCAUCCCGAACCUACUAAGCCCGAAGCCGCCGCCGGUGCCGCCGCACCCGGAAUAGCAGCACCCGCCGACAAAGCCGCCACAGCCGACCAACAAGCCGCUCAAGCACCCGAAUCCGUCAUCAAAAAGCCCGAACAGGCCAAGAUGGCCGCUGGCAAGGCGGAGCAAUCUGCACGCGACAACCUCGCCAAGGUCGAACAAGAAGGCAAGGAUAAGGUCGAACAGGUGAAGGCCGAGAAAGCCGAAAAGCGCAAGAGCGGGUUCUUCGGCUGGUUAAAGAAGAAGGUCAAGGGUGAUAAAUAA